AUGGAUGCUCAGGUUCUUACCCCCGACACCCCAGAGCGGUCUCCGACAUGUCGCAACGCCUACCCCUUUGAAUCGACGGAAGACAAGUCGGGGGCUUGUGAAUUCUCCCACGAUGGCUACUACCCCAUCACUCCUCCCACCGAGGAGUGCGAGUCGGAUGAGGAGCUCGCGACCGUUGCCAGUUCCAUUGACCUCGAGGCGGAGCCGCUGGUGGCCGUUAUCGGUGUCGGGUAUGUCGGAGAGCACCUCGUGGGCAACUUUGCUCGCAAGUUCAAUGUCCUCGGCUUCGACGUUUCCGAGGCGCGCGUCCAGGGCCUCGAGAAAGAGUUCGGCCCGGACAGUAAGGCCAAGUUCACCUGCAAGCCCAGCGACAUGGCGGCGGCUACCCACUUCCUCAUCUCCGUCCCUACGCUCUUGCGCCCCGACCAGAGCAUUGACUCGUCCUUCCUGAGAUCCGCCCUCAAGAACGUCGCCACGUACGCCCGUCCUGGCUCCGUGGUUGUCAUCGAAUCCUCUGUCGCAGUCGGCAUGACCAGAGAGCUGCUGGGCCCCCUCGCCAAGGAGCGUCACUUCUUCGCCGGCAUGUCUCCCGAGCGUGUCGAUCCCGGUCGUAUCGAACCCCCUGCCUUUGCCAUCCCCAAGAUCGUAUCCGGCUUGGACGACGUGGUGCCUGGCUCAUUAAACGCUAUUGUCCGCCUCUACUCGCAGGUUUUCGACCACGUCGUUCCCGUUUCGCGGCCUGAGGUCGCCGAGAUGACCAAGCUGUAUGAGAACUGCCAGCGCAUGAUGUGCAUUGCCUUCGCAAACGAGAUGGCCGACGCGUGCUUGGGACACGGUGUCGAUCCCUACGAGGUGUCCGGCGCGGCGGCGACCAAGCCUUUCGGAUACAUGCCCUUCACGCCCAGUCUCGGUGUCGGUGGUCACUGUAUCCCGGUAAACCCAUACUACCUUCUCUCCAACAGCCAGUUCCCUCUCCUUCAACACGCAACAGAGAAAAUGCGCGCCCGUCCAGCGGCCAUCGCUCAGCGCGUGGUUGAGGCGCUAUGUGCCGAGAAGCCGCGCCCCAGCGUCCUUGUCGUCGGCAUGGGCUUCAAGAAGGGCCAGUCUCAUCUGGUCAACUCCCCCGGCCUCGAGCUCGCCAAGAGCCUCGUGCUGACUGAGAAGGUCGAUGUGUGCUGGGCCGAUCCCCUCGUCAAGCAGGAAGCUGUACCACAGAUUGACCGUCUGGACGUCGAGGACUGGAACAUCAAAUCGCUCGAGCAGCGCUUCGACAUGAUCGUUGUUGCCUUCCGGCAAACGGGGCUCGACUUUGAUCUCCUGAGCCAGCUCGAAACGACUCGGGUCGAGAUGUGGUGCAACUGA